GAGUUACGAUGGUUGACGUACGUCGCCAAUCCGAUUAGUAUUUUUAGUCAUAAACUGAACAGCAAAACAAACCUGUGAUCCCGGCUGAGCAUAUAUUUGGGGUCUGUCCGAAGAUCUUUUUUGAGAACACCGCAUAUUCUCUGGUUUCAGUGAACUAAAGGCCCCUAACCAUGUAUAAUGGUAUUGGGUUAACUACUGCCCGGGGUAGUGGCACCAAUGGCUUCGUGCAGCGAAAUCUCUCAUUUGUCCGCAAACACAAGGAUCGAGUGGACUACAAGACAGAGGAAGAGCUCAAAAAACUGGACCAAUCACUGAUGAAAAAGCCUAACAGAGAAAUACUGGAUCAUGAACGGAAGAGGAAAGUGGAGCUGAAGUGCAUGGAGAUGCAUGAACUCAUGGAGGAGCAAGGAUAUCCGUCAGAUGAAAUUGAAAAGAAAGUCUCUACGUUUCGCAAGAUGCUCAUGGAGAAGGAAGGUGUUUCAGAGUCUGUGGACAAAGAUGAUUUUGGACGCCCAGUAGCGAAGGAAACCCAUCAGUUGGCCGAGGCAAAUGAAGAAAAGAACGCUCGCCUCAAAGCUGCGUUUGGACUCUCUGACAGCUAUGUUGAUGGCAGCUCCUUUGAUCCAGACAGAAAAGCCAAAGAGCAGGCGGCUCGUGCUAAAGAGGAAGCUGCCCGAGCUUUGGCCAUGGCACAGAAAAGCUACAGUAUUGUGAGAGAAUCAAGUUCUGAGUCCCGGUCCCCCUCACCAGUGAAGAAAAAGAAGAAAUCCAGAGAGCAAAGUUCCUCCCCAGAGCGUAAAAGCAAGAAAAAGAAGUCCAGGAAACACAGGAGUGAGCGGACCGAGAGUAGAAGACAUAAGCACAGUAAGGAGAAAAGAAAGCACAGGAAAAAAUCUCAUCAUGAAUCAAGUGAAAAGAAAAGUAAGAGACGGCGGAGAAGAGAGGAAUCCUCAAGCUCAGACUCUGACAGUGACUCCAACUCUGGCUCUAACUCUGAUGGGUCUGCGUCUGACUCCUCCCCAGAGAGAGUGGCACCUGAAGGCGGGAAGUCUGCAGUGCGAGGAAGGGAGACUGAGCGGAAUCAGAGAGCACCCUCCUCUGGAGCCUCGGCCAGCCCUUCAUCAAAAAAGACAAAGUCAGUUCACUCUGGCCAGUCUCCUCCAAAGAAUGGUAAAAGGCAAAACUCUCGAUCCUUAAGUUACUCGCCGGCUGAGCGACACAGAGCAAGGGAGACAACCCCGCUCAGAGUCCCUUCAUCCACUUCUAGACACAGAUCUCCAUCACCGGUCAAGGACUCCAGGGCAAGGUCAAGGUCAGUCUCUCCUAAGAGAGUGGUCGAGAGAGAACAGAGGUCAAAGGAUAAAAGCCAUCGCAGGUCGAGGUCAAGAAGCUAUUCCCCAGAAAGGAGCAGGAGUCGAUCUCUUUCCUACUCUCCCUCAUCCAAGCGCCGCAAACGCUCCAAAUCAUACUCGCCCGAGAAGCGCCGCAAACGCUCCAAAUCAUAUUCGCCUGAGAAGCGCCGCAAAAGAUCCCGAUCUCGCAGCCACAGGAGGAGCUACAGCCGGGAGCGAUCUCGUAGUGCCAGUCACAGCAAGACUUCGCCCAGGAGCCGAGGGUCGCGCAGCCCAUCCAUCAGGCGCCGCAGAGGCUCGCCAAGUCACCUGGAUAAGAGGAGGAUAACCAGUGCUCGAAAACGCCCCGUGCCCUAUUAUCGCCCCACUCCCCCGUCACCCAGUUCCCUGAGCAGCGGGUCAUAUGGAGGGUCACGCUCCCCAAGCAGGCCACGAUUUCACAGCCGCAGUCGCAGCCGUACUCGCAACAGAAGCUGGAGUUAUGACAUCUACAGUCGCCGGUGAACAUGACAGUGCCAUGAACACAUAAACCAUUAAAGGGUCAUUUGCAAAUGUUCACAUGAUAUUAUUACUACACCCGUUGCUGUAUUGGACCAGCGCUGGUAAUGUGAUGACAGCCCCUUAGUGCAAAAAUGUCAUGAAUGUGCUUCAUAUAGUUCGGUAAAUGUCACUUGAUCAGACACAGUUGAAAUCAUCAUUUGUUUUUGCUACUGUAAGACUGGUCACUUGUAAAUGAUGCUGAGUAUCACUAAACUCUGCACCUAGAGCAGCUUGAAAUGUUGACAGCAUCCAUACCAGAUUAGAUACUUUUUGGGGACUUUUGGAACCUUUCAAAAACCCGAACUGUUGGUAUGGAUUUAUGUUGUUUGGUUGCUAUUGAAAAAUUUUGAAGACCAAUUUUGAAGCCAUUCUAGGAAACUAGUAGUUUUGGACAUCAUGAUCAUGUGACAUGGAUUCAGCAUGGCGGUUGUGUUGUCAUGGCAACUGUUCUAUUGUGAUGAGAUUUUCCUGUGCUUUCACUCCAUGAAGGAGGAGAUAAUUAAUAUAUUACUCUUUUGUUUAUCACAAACAUUGUAAGAACGUGUUGUAAAUUUUAUAUAAAGUUUGUAAAAGGAUAGGAUACAUGUAUGCAGUGUUUCUGGCCUUUUGUUUGUUUUGAGGAAGCCAAGCUUCCAACUGAACAACUCUUAUAUACAGUUUCUCUGCUAUAGUUCUUCUGUUCUGCUCACAGAAGUUAUGUCCCCUUGGAUUUGAGAUUAUGUUCUUUUGCCAUUUACUUCCGAGCUUAACCUGAAUAUGGUAUUUGAAUUUUUUUGUACAUGUAGGUAUUUAAUUUUCACUAAGACUUCAAACUUCAAAUUCUCUCCUCUUUGACAAGAUUAAAACUACAGGCAUAUUUAACUAUUGACAGUCAGUAAGCAGUUGGAAUAUAACCUUAAUUUCAUCCCCAAGUUAAGAUGGUUUUAUGUGUAUGUUUUAACCGCGAAAAAAUGUUGUCCAGAUUAUUGUUCAGAACCAAAACAUACAUGUACCAUAAAAACUGUAACACAGUGUUAGUGAUAGCGGGGAAUUCUUUAUACAGUCACCUGGGAUUGAAAUCUAAGCUUUGUAGAUAAGUGCAUGUAACAGGUAAAUGUUCCUCCGCAAUCGCCUUUAUUGACGUCAGUUAUCUCAGUGUCAGUUUCAUGUCAGUUUCACUCACCAUGCAGUGGUUUGCCAACUUAUUGUAUUCAUUGCAACUGCUGAAGAAAUGCAUUAUACUACAGGUAUAUAGAUCUUUGCCAAUAUCAAAAAUCCUUACAAUUGUAUGAUAGUUGCCCUCACAACCUUCAGUAAAUCUGUUGUAAAAUAUACUUGAGUGUGGCAUUAUAACACCAAUCAAUCAAGCAAGCAAUCAGUUUACAUCACUUUGAUUUGCUGUUCUGCUUGGCAGGGAGUUUUUCCAAUCCUUAACUUGCAAUCCUGUGUACAAGGUGAUAAGGAUGACACAGGCGCUCUGGUCAGGAAAUCACGAUCUAAUUGUUACACUACCUCAUAUGAGUUUAUCACUUUGCUGGAUUCGUGUUUCAAAGGUCAUUUUUUUCACGUCCAUAUCUUGUAGUCUCUGCAAGAUGACAGAAUUCUGUGGUCUAGAGUUUGUGAUCAGAUUGUUGGAAUUCUUUCAUUUAACAAGAGUAUGUUAAAGUUUCAUGCAAGUUAUUGAAUAUUUCAAACUCAUCGAUCUUCAUACUUUGUACCUGAAUCUCACAAUCUGUUACUGUUGGCCCAAGGGUAGGAGAUGAGCACAUGUUGUUGUUGUUUCUUUUUUGCUCUGUUUUUUUUCUUUUGUCAUUGUAAAUAUAUUUUUGAUGAUAUUCCUUAUGAUUAUCAGUUUGAACUGUAACACAGUUUGUUAUUAGUUAUGUCAUCAUUCAUAUUAAGUACAUGUAACAUCUAUCAUUGCACAAGUAUAGCAUAUUUGACAGCGACACCAUAUCUGGCUACAGAGUCCUGGGUACUAGCUAUUCCACAAGGUCAUCUUAAGCUAGUAAAGUUGAUUAAAACUGUCAUAACUACACGUUACGGUUUGCCAAUGGUAGUUACAAAGAACUUCAACUACAAUCACUUUGUGGAACAGGCAGCACUUUAACAAAACAUUGUAAGUCAGUUUUUCGUAAAUAUGUCAUCUUAUGUUGCUGUAGCCAAGAUGUCUUUUAUGAAGAAAGCUACAGAUAUAAAAAAAUAUGAUUUACAAAGUUUUGGGAAAGUAGCUCCCAGGUUCCUGAUCUGUUGGGCUAAUAUAUGAUCUGCAAUGACCUUAUUUUUUAGUGUCCUGUAACUGAUCCAGAUACGUUAUAAGGAACAUAUUUGUUUUUUCCCUGUCCAGUAUUUGCUUAUAUUAUUUGGAAAAUGUACUUUUUUUCAGAAAAGGUAGUCUUACCCUUAAACAUCUUAAAAAAGGGUAACUUUCCACUAAACAUUUUUGAAUUGAUAACCUUUCUCUAAUCUUUAAAAUACAUAACUUUUCAGUAAUCAUUCAAGUGUAAAAAAUAAAAAUAAAAAGUGAUCUAUUUUAUUAAUCUGAGAAGAGCAUUGGUUGCUUAAGAUAAAGAUGCAUUUGUAAUUAGUGUACCCCAGAACAUGUGUAAUGAGGAAAAUUUGUCAUAAGUUGAUUGUUAUUUUUAUCAUAUUAAUAAGACCUGUGUACAUUUUUUGUGAGAGUUUCUAUGUACUAGAACAUCUUGGAGGUUAAUUUUUUUGUAAAAAGAAUGUCUGUUUUAUGUUACAGGUCUUAACAUUGUUUUAAUGGCAGUUGAUAUAUCAUACAUGUGCAUGUCAGUAACACUGUAAUGUCUAAUUGGUACAGUAUUCCAGGCUCUUGUACAUUGUGUUGGAUUUUAGCAGCAUGUGUCAAUCACAAACUCAGCUCUGUGUUUGUAUGAAUAUAUUCCACAAGGGGGGAAAUUUAAGUUAACACAUAUACAACUGGCAAAUUUAACCCAUCCUGUAAUGAAUUAACACUUUCCAGUUUUCCUUGUGAUGAAAAAAUGCGUUUGGCAAAGGUGAAAGGUUAAAUAAUUCCCGUGCCUCACUGUUAAUGCACUGGGUUGCAAUACACUGGCUAUACCAAAGGUCAUGCAUUUGUGGACUAAGGAAAGAUAUUUCUUUGAGUUUUUCAAAAGGUUUAAAAAUCAGUAUUGCCUGUGUAUGAGCACCUGUUCCCUCGCUUAUCCCGUGGUAUUGUUCACUUUUGGACUUUUACCAUAUCUGCUGAAAUGUAUUCAGAAUCAGUCAGUUCAUGUAUUCUAGUUUUAUGCUCAAACAUACAAAUUUACUAGUAUUCAGUUCUUCUUUUUGUAUAGGUAUAUUCAGCUUUUGUUGUACUUUUCUCUUUUCUGCGUUUUAUCGUAUAACUUUAAGACACCCUUUUUUAUUUAGAUUUCAUAUCAUUUGUUUCAUCAAAGUAUUAAGUAAAACUGUCAUCUUGGUACUAAGAGAUACAUUUGUCUGUAUGCACAAACUAUGUACAGUUCCUACAGUUGACUAUUAAAAACUGUUUAUUCACUUGUACUUAAUAUCAAAAAAGGCUACUCAAGUAUCCAGAAUAGAAUUUUGAUUGAUUUCAUUGAAUUGUUAGCUCUUCUUGCAGGUUGUUCAUUUGGAGACUAAGUUGAGGGGGGUAUUAAGGGCAAAAAAAUAUACAGUAAGUCUUGAGAAGACUGCAUGUAAAAGCUGAUAACUUUCACUGUCAAGUUAAACUUGAGUUUAGAAUUGGACAGGAGCUGGAAAAUGUUGCUAAUUCGCAUUGGGUGUUCUGUUCUGUGCAACGGCUCAAUGUAAAUCUAAUCUGAGGUGGCCUGUACUUCAUUCUAUGCAUACGUUGUUUAGUCGAGUCCCAUUCACAGCUUGUGCGUUAUGUGUCAUCCAGGAACAGACCAAAGCCUUGUUGGAGACCAUUCUUACUGUUGUGACCAAGGUUUAUGAUUACAUCUUCAUGUAUUAUAUAGCCUGUGACCCGUCAUUGUGUAUAGCCAAAUAAGUCAUGGAAUAAAUACAAAUUGAUACGAUA